AUGAGGGGAGACGCUCCACAACGAGGCAUGAAGACCACAUGUCUGUGGGCCGCCGCUCCUCUGCUGCUGCUGCUGCUGCUGCUGCUGUCACUCAUCUCUCUGGUUUCCUGUGCUGAUUCACCGUCUUCAGGAAAUUCGAACUUGAGAGAGAGCUCGAAACCCAAAGUGAAGACCUACUGGACCGACAGCAGCCGGGCCCUGUCCAUCAGCCGCCUGCUGUCCCAGACCCUCUACAACAAAGAGAACUUCACCUCUCUGGAUCUGAACUACGACGACGCAGACUCGUUCUCUAAACGGGAGCAGUGGAACUGGCUUUACAACGCCUCAAACCACCGCGAUCCUCGAUCCAGAACAAAACGGAGGCCCAUCGUCAAGACCGGCAAGUUCAAGAAGAUGUUCGGCUGGGGCGACUUCCAUUCCAACAUCAAGACGGUGAAGCUCAACCUCCUCAUCACUGGUAAAAUCGUGGAUCACGGCAACGGGACGUUCAGCGUCUACUUCCGCCACAACUCCACCGGUCAGGGCAACGUGUCCGUGGGACUCGUUCCCCCGACCAAAGCUGUGGAGUUCCAGGUCCACCAGCCGCACCAGCAGUUCCACCACCAUCACCAGCAGCAGCAGCAGCAGCAGCAGACGGCUCUGGAGACCAAGGACACCAAGCUGUUCAACUGCAGGGUGGAGUACGAGAAGGUGGAGAAGGGCACCCGGAACUCACUGUGUGCCCACGACCCGUCGCAGAGCUGCCCGCAGGAGCAGACCCAGAGCCACGUGUCCUGGCUGUGCUCCAAGCCCUUCAAAGUCAUCUGCAUCUUCAUCACCUUCUACAGCACCGACUACAAGCUGGUGCAGAAGGUGUGUCCAGAUUACAACUACCACAGUGACACCCCCUACCUCCCCACCGGGUGAUCACGUGACCAGACGAGGAGGGGGGAAAGAGAGAGGAAAAAAAAAAAAAAAGACAGAGACGAGCUUCUGGUCCUGAGUCAGAUUAUUUGAAUGAAAAUGGAGUCGAGACACUUGAAACUUGAGACGUUGACAGGCAUUAAUACAGCUAACAUACACUUGUCCGCCAGACUGAUAUUGCUCCAACGAACAGACCUACCCCGAGGUCAUUACGGGAGCGUUUAGGGAAGCAUUUAUAGGCUUGCAAUACUCAUAUUAUAUGCAUAGCUGCUUACAUCGAAAAGGAAAUUCUCAAGCCAACCGUAAAAAUAUGCUGAUUGUAUUUAUGUAAAUAUUGCGGAUUCCGAACAAAGACCAGAAAACAAUUUUAUUAAUGUUUUCUCCGGCUAAUUUAGUUGUUUAUGUCGAUAGUGUAUUUCCGUCUCAAUCAUGCUUUCUGUCUUUUCCAAUCAGUCUCUGGUAAUCAUCGCAAACACGUAAAUGUCAAUGCAAAUAAGACGAAUCUGUCAGUAUGCAUUAGAGGGCAUAAUGGAAAAAGCAAACAUAUUUUGAGUGGUGUUGUUUUCUGCAGUGUGAUUGUUCGAGAGAAUAUACCUCUCCGAUAUUGUUGUUGGAAUCUCGUCCAUGUCCAUGUGCAUGAACCCGAAUGUGGUAAACGACUGAGUAACGUCCAUCUAUAUUUUCAUGUUAUCUGCAGCUGUCAGAAAUAAUCUUCAUCAAGUCACGGGGAGGUAAAAGAAGAAGAAGAAGAAGACGAAGAAAAAAAGAGUCUUUCUAUUUCAAUUCUGUGUUUAUGUGUUAGCGAUUCUUAAGGCCGAAAUUUCACCGGUUGGUUUGCUCCCAUCGGAUCAAACGUGAGCCGGCUAAUGUCGCAGUAAAUAAAUAAAAAGUUGCAGAAGACGCACGAGAUGACAGAGAUACAGAAGAUCAUUUUCUGCACUGCUCCUUUAAAAAAAACAAAAAAACAAAAUCAAACGUAACUGUGCUCUAAUUCUGCUGUUUCCUCAGUCCUGAAUUUCCAUUUCAGACAUUUAGAAGUUGCUCUUACUUUUAUGACUUUACAACAAUUCGAGUGUGAUAUAUUUCAACUCCUGUGACGAGAAGCCUGUAGUAAGAAG